CGUACUUAAUGGUAGAGCUCUACAAGUGCUUCUUGGGAUGAAUCACAAAUUGUUAAACCUGUUUAUCGUAAGUUUGUGGAUCGUUGCACUUGUUUCUGCGCAGAGUUCAGAUUCGAGUGCCUCAUGUCUGACAUCACAAGCCAAACGCGGAAACUGCGUACACAUAGAUCUGUGUCCAAAGUUACGCAAAUUAGCGUACAGCGCAACUAUUUCACAAGAGAAUAAACGCUUGUUGAGAGAUAGCAUAUGUGGAGUUCGUAUGGUUUGUUGUGAAGAACCAUCAGAUGCUGAUUCCGGGGAUAUACCUACCACACCAACUACCACAACAACCACCACCACCACUACUACUACUACUACCCAAGCGUCUGGGCCACGGACGCAUACGAAAAUGACCUUACCCGAUAAGAGUAUCUGCGGUAUUGACAGCUUAGGGCAACGAAUCUAUGGUGGAGCGGUUACCGAAUUGGACCAGUUCCGGUGGACGGUGGCAUUGGAAUACAAUAAAGCUGGCACUCGGGAAGUAAAGUGUGGCGGAUCACUGAUUAGCACUCGUUAUGUGAUAACCGCUGCUCAUUGUGUAACGAUGGUGACUCCUGCACAAUUAGUUCUUCGCUUGGGAGAAUGGGAUUUGAACAACGACCCAGAUUGUGAUGAGUACAGAAACUGUAACGAUCCUGUGCGAUUCGAAAAUGUCGAUCAAAUCAUUAUUCAUCCCAAAUAUGGCUCAAAGCAAAACGACAUAGCUCUGCUGAGGCUGGAAAGGGCUCUUCCGGAGAAGUUUACGAACUACGUUCUUCCGAUAUGUCUUCCCACUUCAGAGCCAUUGUUGAGUAACUCAUUCACUGAUUACAACGUAAGCGUCGUGGGAUGGGGAUCGACUGAAUCAGAAAAACGUAGCCCAUUCAAAAUGGGUACCACUUUGGUGACCACGAGUUUGGAACAUUGCCGCAAUCAAUUGAAACCGUUACUUAAAGGACUGAAGCUGGUUGAAACACACAUCUGUGCUAAAUCUGCAACGAAUGUCAUACGGGAUGCUUGCGGUGGCGAUUCCGGAGGUCCAAUGAUGGUUAACAUAGACGAGAAUUGGUAUUUGGUGGGGAUUGUUAGUUUUGGACCACCCUGUGGAAGAACAGUACUACCAGGAGUGUAUACUAGAGUUACCAGCUAUAUGGAUUGGAUAAGGGAAAAUCUCGUUGAAUAGUGCUCGGUGGGGACUGUAAUUUGUACAAAUAUAUGCUUUUAUUCGUUUUUGCAAAUAAAACUGUUUUUAUGAAAUAUACAUUUGAUAGGCCGGAAAAAUAAUCAAAAACCAAUUAGGAGUAUGUAGGAUUUGGAUUUUUUUGGUGCAGAUUAUAACUGUGAGUUAUUUAUUCUGUCUUUUUUCUAAGAGCGAUAUUAUUCAAAAACUAUAGUGGUAGGUAAUGUCCGGAACAUAACUGCGGUGUUGACGUAGCACCAUAAUUUUGUGUGAAAACCUUAAAUAACCUUAAGCAAUCCUU